AUGAACAACAAAAAAUUAACAGUAGUGAAUGAACUUCAUACCCAGGCUAGAAAAAAUUAUCCUCGACGGCGAGUUGAAAUGCGUGAUAUUGAUGAGACAUGGCAAGCAGAUUUAGUAGAAAUGAUACCUUAUUCAAGAAUAAAUAAAGGUUUCAAUAAUAUGAAAGCUUCCAUUGUUGAACGGUUUAAUCGAACACUAAAAAGAAAAAUGUGGAUGCAAUUUAGUUUACGAGGAAAUUACAAGUGGUAUGAUAUAUUGCCUACUCUUAUUUCCAACUACAAUAAUACAAAACAUAGAACAAUUGGAAUGAAGCCUAAAGAUGUUACUUCAGAAGACACGACCAAGUAUAAAAUUGGUGAUAAAGUUCGAGUAAGCAAAUAUAAAAACGUUUUCGAGAAAGGAUAUACACCCAAUUGGACAACAGAAAUAUUCACCGUGGAUCAAGUUGUAUCAACUCAACCAGUGACUUACAAGCUCAAGGAUUACCAGGAUCAACCCAUCAGCGGAGGAUUUUAUGAAGAGGAACUUCUUAAAGUAAAAUAUUCAGAUAUUUAUCUUGUGGAAAAAAUUCUCAAGACACGUGGAAACAAAGUUCUUGUCAAAUGGCUUGGCUUUGAUAAUUCUCACAAUACGUGGGAAGAUAAAGCAAAUGUAUAA